AUGGCUCCGCACGUCGCGGUGCGGAGGUCUCUAAGAUCUCCACACCACAAGGUGUGGAGGGUUUCAGAACCCCCGCACCGCGAGCAACCAGGUACUUUGGACUCAUCACCUCCUAGUGCUCCAAAGCAGCCACCUACUAGUGCUUCAGAGCAGCCACCUACUAGUGCUCUGGACGAUACUACUGAACUAUUUUUGGGAGGCCCUGAAGAUCCAUCCAUUUUAAAGAGUUUUAAAAAUCAUGUUGCUGUUAGUAUAUGGGCUGGAGAGGAAAGAGGUGUAUUAAAGUGCAAUAGCCAUGGACAAAGAAUUCCUGAUUGGCCAUUGGCAAAUCAGCAACGUAUUUAUGAUAUUGUUGUAAGAUCUCAGUUGGCACCUUUGAUAGAAUCCACAUAUCGAUUUGUGAAUCCUACAGUUGUGUCAGCCUUUUCAGAGAGAUGGCAACCUGAGACUAACACAUUUCAUCUACCAUUUGGUGAGAUGACACUCACGCUAGAUGAUGUUGCUACUAUUUUGAAGAUACCAGUUGUUGGCAGCCCUGUAUCAGUCCCUCAUUUGACAGGUAAUGAAGCUCAGAAUUUACUUUGUCGUUUACUUGGGGUCUCAGUAGUAGAAGCAGCAGGCCAGAUAGCUGAGACUCGGGGACCGUAUAUGAAAUUAGAUUGGCUGAGAAAAACAUUUAUGAACGUACCAAAUUCAGCUCCGGAUGAAGAGAUGUACAAUGCUAGUAGGGCGUAUUUGUUAUUUAUAUUAGGUUGUACAUUAUUUGUGGAUAAGAGUGGUAUCAUGAUUUCGAUUUCCUAUAUUGCAUUGCUGGAAGACUUGAGUAUAUCUAGUAUGUAUGCAUGGGGGGCUGCUUAUUUGGCAUAUUUAUAUAGGCAGCUGGGUAUCGCGAGUAGAAGAGAUGUCAAGGAAAUCUGUGGAUAUUUAACAUUACUUGAGACUUGGAUAUACGAACAUUUUUCAUUGACUAGAAGUAAACAUAAUUUAUCAUAUACUGACGAGUUGCCUAGGGCUCAUCGCUGGCUUCCUGUUCGUGAGUAUGAUUCUUUGCAAUCUUUGCGAGAGCAACUUGAUGACUUAAUUGAAGAUCAGGUCAUAUGGACACCAUAUAGGAGGCAUCGUGCACAACACCCACUGCAUGAGAUUGCAUUCUUCUCCGGAUGUCUUAAGUGUGGAGGCGUGAUUGAGCCAUAUCAUCCAGAGAGAGUUCUACGACAAUUUGGGCAUAUACAGAAUAUACCUCCACCUCCAUUAUCUCCUAUUGAAGCCAAGCGGGUAGAGCUACGGCAACAUAUAAGGUAA